AAAGCAAACAAUAAUGAAAUGAAUUGUAUUAGACAAGAGGAGAGUAGAAAAAUCAAUCAUAAUUGUGUGUGUUAAAAGUCUCAUCAAAAUCCUCAAUUCUCUUCAAAAGAUUCCAAAACAUUUAGAGGUCCACCAAAAAAAAAAAGAACCCCACUUUCAAUUUUUAUUCAUACCUAUUAUUUUCUUUGCCUAAUCAAUGAUAAUCUUGUGACCAAGCUAAGUUAUUUUCUCCACAGAGAGAGAAAGACAGAGGGGAAAUUGACAGCAAGUUGUGAAGGGGAUUGCUUUUGCGAAAAAGAAAAGAAAAGAAAAGAAAAGAAAAUCUCAUCUCAUCUGUUGAGUGCCGGCAAUUGAUGGGUGGGUUCGAUGACCAUGUUGCCAUUAUGGGAGAUUGGAUGCCUCCAAGCCCAAGUCCAAGAACGUUUUUCUCUUCGCUGCUAGGUGAUGAUAUUGGGUCAAGAUCAACUUUUGAGUUCCCAAAUGAGAAUAAACGUGGAAACUUAGCUUCUGAGCCUCAAGAGCAUGUUGGCAAUUCUGAUGGAGCACAAACUGAUGCAACGACAGUGAAGUCUGACCAGAAAAUGAGCUCUCGCGGAGGACUCUUGGAAAGAAUGGCAGCUAGAGCUGGUUUUAACGCCCCAAAACUUAACACGGAGAGCCUUAGACCUGCUGAUCUGUCACAGGAUCAGGGCGUUCGUUCUCCUUAUUUAACUAUUCCUCCUGGUCUUAGUCCAACAUCCCUGCUGGAGUCUCCUGUUUUCCUCUCAAAUUCACUGGUGCAACCAUCUCCAACAACUGGAAAAUUUCAAUUUGCCUCGGGCAUCGAGAGUAGAAACUCGACAUUUAUGAUGGAGGAUCCUGAUAAGAGGAAAGAGAAUGCUUUAGAGAGUAUCAAUUCAUCGUCCUUUUCUUUUAAGCCAGUACCAGAGACUGCUCCAUCUCUGUUUCCUGGCGCGACCAGCAGAUCUUGGUUGCAGGUUAACUCGUCCAAUAUUUCUCAGCAAUGCUUUCCAAACAAUAAGGUUUCAGUUCAUUCGCAGAACUCUCUUCUAUCUCACUGUAUGGAAGCUACACAAAUGCAGACUCAGAACGAGAAGGGACUUCAUCAAUCAUCUGAUUUCCCUAGAUUUUCUGCUGAGAAGGAUGUCAGAGAUAGUAAUGUCACACCAGACUCAACGAACUUUCAGACAGUUGGUAGUAAUGUGGAGCAUUCUCCACCUCUUGAUGAGCCACAAGAUGAGGAAAUUGAUCAAAGAGUGGGUGGAGAUCCAAAUGUUGUUGGUGCCCCAGCCGAGGAUGGUUAUAAUUGGAGAAAGUAUGGGCAGAAACAAGUUAAAGGGAGCGAGUAUCCUCGGAGCUAUUAUAAGUGCACGCAUCCAAACUGUCCGGUCAAGAAGAAAGUGGAGCGAUCUCACGAGGGUCAUAUUACCGAGAUUAUAUACAAGGGAGCCCACAAUCACCCAAAACCACUGCCGAACCGUAGAUCAACCCUUGGAUCCACAAAUUCACUUGGUGAACUACAGCUAGACGGUGCAGAGCAAGGUGUAAGUGGUUCUAAUGGUGAUCUGGGUCGGGCAAACAUUCAGAAAGCAUCUGAUGCUGGAGGUCUUGAUUGGAGGAACAACAACCUUGACGUUACAUCGUCAGCUCACUUGGGCUCUGCAUACUGCAAUGGAUCAGCCUCUUUUCCUGUUCAAAAUAACACCCAGUUGGAAUCAGGGGGUGCAGUAGAUGUGUCGUCAACUUUUUCAAAUGAUGAAGAUGAAGAUGAUCGUGGGACUCAUGGCAGUGUAUCACAAGGUUAUGACGGUGAAGGAGAUGAGUCUGAGUCUAAAAGAAGGAAGCUCGAGACUUACUCUACAGAUAUGAGUGGUGCGACUAGAGCCAUCAGGGAACCAAGGGUUGUGGUGCAAACUACAAGUGAAGUGGACAUACUUGAUGAUGGAUAUCGUUGGCGCAAGUACGGGCAAAAGGUUGUUAAAGGGAAUCCAAAUCCAAGGAGUUACUACAAGUGCACAAGUGCUGGCUGCAAUGUCAGGAAGCACGUUGAGAGGGCCUCGCAUGACCUGAAGUCUGUGAUUACCACCUACGAAGGGAAGCACAACCACGAUGUUCCUGCAGCUCGCAACAGUAGUCAUGUUAAUUCAGGGGCCUCCAACACCCUUCCAGCUCCAGUAACCGCUCCUCCUGCUCAAAGCCAUUUACAUAGGCCUGAGCCUGCACAACUUCAGAAUGCCAUGGCACGUUUUGACAGGCAACCUUCACUCGGCUCAUUUGGACCUACCCCAGGAUUUAGCUAUGGAAUGAACCAGCAAAGCCUAGCGAGUCUAGCAAUGGCUGGAUUUCACCCUAACCAAAGCAAGUCGCAACAGCAGGUUCCUGUCCAUUCAUAUCUGGGACAGCCGCGACCCAUGCAUGAUGGGGGAUUUAUGUUUCCAAAGGAAGAACCCAAAGCGGAACCUAUGUCAGAUCCUGGAUUGGAUCUCUCUAAUGGCUCAUCGAUUUAUCAGCAAUUUAUGAGCAGGUUGCCGCUUGGACCUCAGAUGUAAAUUUACAAAUUUUGCCUUUUCUAAAGAUAAGAAAGUUAAAGAUGUUGACUUUGGUAUUUAAUGGGCAUAACCCCUACACAACGUCCUAUAAUUCAAUUCUUUGAAGUUUUUUGGUCUUUGUUUUUCCUUCUAGUACUAUAUAUAUAUCAGCAGCGUUUUAUUUGGUGUU